UUUAGUAGUUUCAAAUUGUUACAUAAUCGUAUUUUAUAUGUCUUUUUUAGCAUUGGAAAAUCUUGCAACAUGUUUGAUCAAUAACCAUUAGACGUCAUAUUAACAAGUAAAAUCUAUGUUUUGUCUAGCGACAUUAUAAAACACGUAUUGUAGCGAGGAGCACACAGUUUGUGCAUCAUUUACUAAGUAUACUUGUAAUAUGUGUAUACAAGUGAUUUGAAUCGAAUAUUUGUGAAAAGAAGCCUUUUAUCGUGGUUGUCAGCAUUAAAUAAAAUUAGUGAUGAUGUAGAAAAUAUGUUGAAUUGUAAUUCUGAUAUCGAGAAUCAAAUUGGAUUUUUCAUAGAGCGAUAGUGUGACAAGGGGCUGAGAAGGACUGGUGUCUGGCACAAGAGCGAACGGAAAAUGUCGAGCGGCGGGGGUGAAGCUGCCAUUAAAACUUCUUAGCGAGAGUUACAGUGGUACUUUUAGAUCUAGGUGACGCUGAGCCUUUCGUAGGACUAGAGUCCCUCUAGUAAGAGUCAAGACAUAAGACCGUACUCACACCAAGAACAGUUUGCUUCACGUAUUCACUUAUUCACUACACAUCAGUUGCUCCAGACAUGGCGGCCGACCAAUCGCGAGAGAGUUCGCUGAUGUCUUGACUUACUAGAGGGACUCUACGUAGAACCACACGCAUAAUAAAUAUUUACCUUAUUUUCCCUUUGUUUUCCCUCAGACUUCUAUAAUUAUAUAAUUCUAUUAGACUUUUUUAUCUUUUAUCUUAAUCUAAUACUCUUCAUUUUCGAAAGUCAUUUUAAAAAGUUUAAUUUUUUAAGAGUGUUUUUUUAUCGAGUAAGAUCUUUUCUAAAGUCUAAAAUAAUAUACUAUGAAAUCUUUCAGAUAUCUCUCUCGAUAAUGAUGUACUACAGCAUGGUCUAUUUCUGUUUGAUUUAUCUCUGUAUUUGCUGCAAAGGUAUAUUCGGUCUGGAUAAUGAAUUAACUUUAACACUGUAGUUUUACCAUAACAUAGUGGUAAUUAAUGAUGAGUCAAUAAUACUUGUUUAUUAUUAUAAAAGGAACAAUUUGCACGGUUUAUCGUAUUGAGAUGGACAUUAAAAAAAUUAAUUUAUGUACGUAUAAAAAUAUAUAUAUGUGUAUUGUGGAUUUAAAUAUAUCAAAAAAAAAUGAAGAGAAUCAGCAAAAAGAAUAUCAUGACAUGAUUAAUGAUGUUGAAAAUAUUGGCAUGUAUUUUUAAAAAGUUUUAUCAUGUAUUCACAUACAUAUGCGUAUGCCAGCACGCACAUACACAAAGUGGGAUCUAAAACGUACUGAUAAUUCUAAUAAGAAUAGUAUUCUGUUAUAACAAACAGAUAUUAACCUUUUCAAUUAAAUAAAGAAGAUAAAUUAUAACAAACUAUUGAUUAAAUUGAAAAUAAUUGUAAGAUUUAAUUAAACUAAGAAGCAAAAGUAUAAAAUUAAGGAAAAGAAAUUAAAUAGUAAGUGAGUAAUAACUCAAAUUCUUUGAUUUCCGAAAAUGUUUUUACUGAUGUUUACCAACAAAACAUAUUUGACGUUUCUGCUACUAUUAUUGUUGUAUUUUAUCGGGAUGGAUCUGCUACUUUACUUCAGAGUGCAGAAUUAUGACGUUCGUCCGCGUACGAAUGAUACAUGGGCUGUGCCAUAUCACUCAUCUAUCUUGUGUGAUCUGAAUCCUAUUUGCACAGUGACAGUAAAAGCCAUGAUGCUGGAUCAUCCUAAUCAUUACAUCUUAAGUCCCUUGGCAUCCUUAGUGGAUUAUCUGCUAGAUAUCAGUCAUUCUUGGACUUGGUUAACGCCGAAUACUAUCAGUAUUUCUCAUGUGUUAAUAGCCAUAAUCGGCGUCCGAUAUAUUACACAGAGUUCCCUCUUUCACAGACAAGUGGGUGUUGUCUUGUUUCAAAUCAGAGCCUGGUUGGAUAAUCUGGAUGGGCAUGUGGCAAGAACGAGGCUCAAUAUUAAGGGCGAGAGAUCAGAUAUAGGUUCUAUUGGCUUCUUCAUGGAUGGUAUUUGCGAUAGUCUCGGUUGCAUUGCUCUUAUAGUCGCGGUGUAUAUCUUUUUGAAUCGUAACACGAAUAAUUCUGUCAAUCACGAGCGACAAUCUACUAAAACGUCACUGUUACCAUCAUUGUUACCUUAUAGUGCCAUCUCCAAUUCGUUCUGGAAAUCACCCCUUUAUAAUAUGCUAAUAGUGGGUCUUCAUUUCUCUUUGAUAAGCGCCGCUUGGAAUCGAUAUAUAUCCGUAUAUCAGGAUCUUCUAGAGACCGAUAACAUAAAUGUUCUUCUAAUCAACCGAGAUGAUUUUUACGAUAGACAAACUAUUGUCUUCAGAAGUUUUUCUUUUUGGAUCAUCACUUUCGCCUGGAAGAUCUUCAAUUUUCAUGCAAUGAUGGAUUAUUUGCUUUUGGCAAUAUUUCUGCCCGGAAAUCUACGAUAUCGUAUCUGGGAAUACGUCAGACUUACAUGGUGGCAAUUACCGGCCAUUCUGUUACUACUUGUAUUCAUCAGUGAACUACACUAUGUUAACGCGUAUACUUACGUUAAAAUAUUAUUGACAAAUUAAAUUUAAUAAUUGCUUUAUCUUAUUAAUAAUAUUAUUAGUAAAUUGG